UAACACCGAAAAGGUUUUAAAAAUGAUAAAAUGCCUACUUGCUGGCUUAUCAGCGAGGAGGAUAACCAUCAACCAAUUCAGCUACCUCAUUUACAAGCGGUUGUUGUCGGGCGAGGCCCAGAAACGACUAUUAAAGACAAGAAAUGCUCUCGGCUGCAAGUUGAACUGAAAGCUGAAUGCAACAAAGGUUAUGUCAAAGUUAAACAGCUGGGCUUAAACCCCACCUCAGUAGACUCUGUGGUGGUGGGGAAAGGCAAUGAGGUCAGAAUAAAGCCUGGACAGACGCUCCAUGUGGUCAAUCAGCUUUACCCGUACACCAUACAGUUCAGAGAAGAUCUCACUGGCCACAACAACAGCAGCAGCAGCAGCAAAAGACCAAGAGAGCAGACGUCGGAGGACCGCGACAGCCAGAGAGAUGCGCAAACUCUGAAAGCUGCAAAACAGAACAGCAACGGCUCUCCGUCACUGAGUCGUGGCGAAAACACAAAAACGAAUGAAAAUGCUGGACAUUGGAGCCAAGGUCUGAAGACUUCAAUGCAAGAUCCUCAGAUGCAGGUUUACAAGGAUGAUAAAGUUGUUGUGAUUAGAGACAAAUACCCCAAAGCUCGCUACCACUGGCUAGUCCUCCCGUGGCAGUCCAUUCCCAGCCUAAAGGCUUUACGCGCAGAGCACUGUGAACUCCUCACACACAUGCAGCAGGUUGCUGACCGCAUGAUCCAGCAAUGCCCAGAGUCCAGCUCGCUGCGGUUCCGCUCCGGUUACCACGCUAUCCCGAGUAUGAGUCACAUUCACCUCCAUGUGAUCAGCCAGGACUUUGACUCUCCUUGUUUAAAGAACAAGAAGCACUGGAACUCUUUUACUACAGAGUACUUCAUUGAUUCUCACGAUGUCAUUCAGAUGCUAGAGACAAGUGGAAAAGUCUCUGUUAAAGAAGCCACCAGCGAGUUGCUGAAACUACCUCUCCGCUGCCAUGUGUGCCACAAGGAGUUUCCCACUAUCCCGUCUCUGAAGGAACACUUAAAAUCUCACUUUCCCAGACACUAAUGUGACCUUACGCAUACAACAACAAAACCUGUGUUCACGGGAGAUUUUUUUUUUUGUAAUUUUCUAAAAAUGUUAGGUUGUGUUUUUUGCAAUUGUUCAAGUUGCAAGCUUGUUAAGUUGUUUGUACAAGUUUGAAAACUGCAGUAUCUAUUUUUUUUCCAGAGUGCAUUUGUCAGUUCUAAGUCAAAUGUUGAAUAUUUUUUUUAUUUGUACAUUUGCAAAAAGGUUUGUUUCUUUAAUAUCAUGCAAUAAAAGUUUUCUAGAAACUAGA